ACAGUAUGGAUGAGUGGAGCGAUCCUCUGUCUGGGGAAUCGGGACCGUAGUUUGGUCUCUCUCUCUCUCUCUCGUUCAGGCUUGAGGCGGAGAGAAGAGAGACCAAUAGACCAUGAUACGACGAAUCUCCCUGAGAGCUUCUCGAUUCGCUAAGAACUCGUUUCUCAAAUCGUCUCAAUUCCACGGCGAGUCCCUCGAUUCCUCCGUCUCCCCUGUUCUCAUUCCUGGCGUUCAUGUCUUCCAUUGUCAGGAUGCUGUUGGGAUUGUAGCAAAGCUAUCAGAUUGUAUUGCAGCUAAAGGCGGAAACAUUCUUGGCUACGAUGUUUUUGUUCCUGAAAACAACCAUGUCUUCUACUCCCGCAGCGAGUUUAUCUUUGAUCCGGUUAAAUGGCCGAGAAACCAAGUUGAUGAAGAUUUUCAAACCAUUGCACAAACAUAUGGUGCCUUGAACUCGGUUGUCCGUGUGCCUUCUAUAGAUCCCAAGUAUAAGAUAGCCCUUCUACUCUCAAAACAGGAUCAUUGUCUUGUCGAAAUGUUGCAUAAAUGGCAGGACGGGAAACUCCCCGUGGAUAUUACCUGUGUGAUAAGCAAUCAUGAAAGAGCUUCAAACACUCACAUUAUGCGGUUUCUUGAGAGGCAUGGCAUCCCAUAUCAUUAUGUAUCAACAACAAAAGAGAAUAAAAGAGAAGAUGAGAUUUUGGAGUUGGUUAAAGAUACUGAUUUCCUUGUUCUUGCUAGAUACAUGCAGGUAAAUCAGAUUUUUGGUCCUUGCCUUAUCUCUAUCCUUUUAAUUCUUUGAUCAAAUGUUUAGUAG